AUGCCUGGCACUAAGACGGAGCGCACUUUUCUGACAUCUAUACCUAUCCAGAAAGAUCAUAAGAUGCCUCAAGCGCAGAGGUUAGCUACCUCGACCCCAAGUGUCUUCACUUCUAAUCAAGCUAAUGCUCGUUUUUCACAAGAUUUCCAAUCAAGUCAGACGAAUAGCCUUAUGGAUCUCGACGGCCGGAAGCAGCUGGUGGAAUUUCGAAGCGCCGAGCUACCGAUUAUGAAGUCCGUUUUCUCUAUCUUGAACAGUAUGCAACACAUAUCAGUUGGGCUUUUACGAGCACAAGAUUCCGAACAAGUAGAUACAGUGUUCAAUGAGAAGAUAGAUUGA